AUGCAGCCGCAUGCCCCAAACCGGACCCAGGUGACUGAGUUUGUCAUGGUGGGCUUUGCUGACCUGCAAGAAGCACGCCUCCUCUUCUUUAUACUCUUCCUCGCCAUGUACCUGUUCACCUUGGUGGAGAACUUGGCCAUCAUCUUGGUGGUGGGUUUGGACCGCCGGCUACAUAGACCCAUGUAUUUCUUCCUGAACCACUUGUCCUGCCUUGAAAUCUUGUACACUUCAGUCACAGUGCCCAAAAUGCUGGCUGGUUUUACUGGGGUAGAUGGGGGCAAGACUAUCUCCUAUGCUGGUUGCCUGUCCCAACUCUUCAUCUUCACCUUCCUUGGGGCGACUGAGUGUUUCCUAUUGGCUGCCAUGGCCUAUGACCGCUAUGUGGCCAUCUGUAUGCCUCUCCGAUAUGGGACCUUGGUCUCCUGGGACACCUGCAUCUACCUGGCAGGUGCUUGUUGGCUAGUGGGCUUCCUCACGCCUGUCUUGCCCAUCUAUCUCAUGUCCCAGCUGGUGUUUUGUGGCCCCAAUGUCAUCGACCACUUCUUCUGUGAUGCCUCACCCCUGCUAGCCUUGUCCUGCUCGGAUGUCACCCUGAAGGAGACUGCAGACUUCCUUGUCUCUCUGGUGGUGCUCUUUGCCUCCUCUAUGGUCAUUGCUGGGUCCUACGGCAACAUCGUCUGGACGCUGUUCCAUAUCCGUUCAGCUGCUGAGCGCCGGAAGGCCUUCUCCACUUGCGCAGCUCACCUGACUGUGGUGAGCCUCUUCUAUGGCACUCUUUUCUUUAUGUAUGUCCGGACCAAAGUGGCAUCCUCCAUCGGCUUCAACAAGGUGGUGUCUGUCUUCUACUCCAUUGUCACGCCAAUGCUCAACCCCCUCAUCUACAGUCUUCAGAACAAAGAGGUAAAGGAAGCUCUGGGCAGGGCCUUAUCCUGUGGGUCUUGGAAAGGUCAAUGA